AUUAGGAGUGGGUUGCUGUGGAUUGGCGCCAGCGAGCGCCAAUUCGAAACCUGCGUCCGCGAAUUCCCUCUCCGCGAAUGCUACCGCGAAGGGCCCGCCGACCGGCAGAGUACCGGGUCCGCAGCCGGCCCGAAGGGAUGGAAGCCAGGAGGAGGCCAUGACGCUCAUUAAGCUGGGUGUCGGGCUGGCUGAUACCGCGGAGCCAUACCGUAUCCUCGAUCAAGACGUGUGGUUCGCGGAUUGGGACGGCUCCGUGGCGAUCACCGCCAGCGGACUACUGCGGACACCCGCACCAUCGCUGCUUCGCAGCAGUGAGGGAUUCGUGGCGGUCCCCUGGAACAACGUAGUCGUAGUUAGGUGCUACGUCUCCCCCAACCGCGGCCUCCCAUCGUGGGAGUGGUACCUGGACGAGAUCGGAAGUGUCCUCAGUGGAAACAUGGCUCCACCGGUUCUGGUCCUGGGGGACUUUAACGUCCACCGCGUGGCGUGGGGUUCCCUGCGAACAGGCGCUCGGGGCGAGGCCCUGCAAGAUUGGGCCGCGGGAUUGGAUCUGCGGUUGCUCAACCGUGGUGCC